GGGAGGGGCAUCCGCCGAAUGGGGCGAGGGGACGCGGAUCCGAGGGGAAGGGGGGAUUCCCUGAUUCCCGGGCCCGCGGCGCUAAGCGCGGUGGCGGCGGCACUGCUGGCCGCCUUGCUCCUGCUGUGGCUUGAGGACGCGGGGCCGGGGGCCGGCUCCAGCAUGGCUGAGACUGAGGCGCUGCCGAAGCUUCGGGAAGACUUCAGGAUGCAGAAUAAAUCUGUCUUUAUUCUGGGGGCCAGCGGGGAAACCGGCAGAGUGCUCUUAAAAGAAAUCUUGGAACAGAACCUGUUUUCCAAAGUCACGCUCAUUGGCCGGAGAAAGCUCACCUUCGAUGAGGAAGCUUAUAAAAAUGUGAAUCAAGAAGUGGUGGACUUUGAAAAGUUGGAUGACUACGCUUCUGCCUUUCAAGGUCAUGAUGUUGGAUUCUGUUGCCUGGGUACCACCAGAAAAAAAGCCGGGGCGGAAGGAUUUGUUCGUGUCGAUCGAGAUUAUGUCCUCAAGUCUGCGGAGCUGGCAAAAGCUGGAGGCUGCAAACAUUUUAACUUGCUGUCCUCUAAAGGAGCUGAUAAGUCGAGCAAUUUUUUAUAUCUGCAAGUUAAGGGAGAAGUGGAAGCUAGGGUUGAAGAAUUACAAUUCGAACGUUACUCUGUGUUUAGGCCUGGAGUUCUCUUGUGUGAUAGGCAAGAAUCUCGUCCAGGUGAAUGGUUGGUUAGGAGGUUCUUUGGCUCCUUACCAGAAUCUUGGGCCAGUGGGCACUCUGUGCCGGUGGCGACUGUGGUUAGGGCAAUGCUGAACAACGCAGUGAACCCAAGUGGCAAGAAGAAGGAACUGCUGGAUAAUAACGCCAUCCAUGACCUGGGAAAAGCCGAUGACUCUCUCAAGCCGUGACCACGCUGGGGAAAUGCUUCCCUCUGUAAAAUGCAACACUCGCCACCUAAUUGCUACUCUCGGUGUCUAAAAGAAGUCAGUGUGUCUUAACUGCGGUUUCACUAUUCUCAGCUGCCAGAUCCAAUAAAAAAAUUACUGUGUUCUGCAUCAGCA